UCUGUCUCUCCCUAGUCUGCAGCCUCCAAGAACAGCCGCCGCAUCAUUUUUUCAGAGCAGCAGCCCCCUCCCUCCCUCCAUCCUCUCUCUUCUCUCCAUCUCCCUUUUUCUGCUGCUUGCACCACUGUGGGAAUGCAGCGAAGGUAAACGAAUCAAAGAGGCUUCUUUCUUUUCUUUUUUCCUCCCACCAAUACCGGAUCUAUCAUCGCAGACUGACAGCUGUGAAGACACACGACUGUCACUCCGGGAAAAUCAGAGUGGUGUGGUCUGCGUUGGGAUUGGACCCGGAUCAGUUGGAUUUAGUCCGCUACCCCGGGCACCACCACCACCCCAUCUCACUGGCAGAUCACAUCAGAUCCCUUCUGCCCUGCCUCGUUUCAGUUUCGGUCGCUUUCACCGGCUCUCUCCCCCACUGGAUUUACCGACAGCUGGAGCGACCUAAAGGGUGGCCGGGCAUGGAGAACUGAGGGCUAUUAGAGGCAAACUUGAAGUCGCCGACAAAGACACCUGCAAGAGGAAAAGGAAGCUCUGUAAUGUAUGUAGAAAACGUCAGAUUAACUCAAAUGAAACCUAAGAGAAUAAAGGAAUAAAGAAACGUUUGUAUUUUAAGGACCUUAUGCGGCCGAUAAUCAACCCAUUGAGAGUGGAGAAGGGUGCUGCCGUAGCCUGGGUUGUUGAUCUACGCACGCACACACGCACAUGGAUUUACAGCUCCAGUCUGAAGCGGAUCGAUAUCCUUCUCCGUUCUUUUUACGUCGGCUUUUUUUAACAAGGGAGUGAAGCAUCCUGGGAUUUAUCAUCGCUUCGUUAGCGCUGAACUACAGUGAGGCGCCCCCUCGCUUUGCUCUCUCACCUGUCCAUAACCUGCGUGCUGGUGUGGAAGUGUGUAUAUUCUUGUGCAUAUUUGUGUGUGAGUUCGGAUUGUUGUCCGCCAGAGGGAGUGUAGGUUAUAUUGCUUGUGUAUGCAUCUGAGUGCUGUGCCAGCUUUUAAUUAGUAGUACGUGACUGUGAGUGAUUGUGUCUGCUCCUGCUUGUGGGUGCUUGUGCAUUUGUUCAUGUUUUAUGUUUGUGCAUGUAGAUAUAUAGGCUAGGUAUUGUGUAGAUUACAUAAUUAAGAUGCCCUGCAUUUCUUCUGCACCACAUCCCCUUCCUCGUAUAUGCCCUUGUAUCAUUUGGCCACCUGUUUGACCUCCCGAACACCCCAAGAGACGAAUAAGCUCCAGCAGCAGGAUGAGUGAGCGUUCCGGUGCAAGCAGUCUCGCAGCCAUGACGCUGGAGGAGCCAGGGGCUGAACAGGCAUCUCCCAGAGCCCCGGGCCCUCUCCGCUGCGGCCCCUGUGCUGUGUGGCCCCGCCAGCAGACCUGGCUGUGUGCCGUGCCCCUGGUAAUGGGCUUUGUCGGACUGGGACUCAGUCUCAUGCUGCUGAAAUGGAUUGUUGUGGGAUCUGUCCAAGACUAUGUCCCCACUGAUCUGGUGGAUCCCAAAGGUAGCAUUGGACAGGACCCUAUAUUUCUCUCCAAACCCAGUGCCAUGCCCAAGGGGCCCGACAUUUCCACAGCCACCACUACUUCAGCUGCCUCUACCACAGCAAUGGUGUCGACUACCACGCCGCUAGCUGCAGAUGGUACGGCCCCGGCACCAAGAACUCGAUCCGGGCCACCCGCAAACCACUCAGCCAAUGGCAGCACUGCCAAUGGAGACGGCAACCGCGCCCCACACCUUCACAACCGUGUUGGCACCCGCAUUAGUGGGACUGUGGUUACCUCCUCCACCACUCGCGCCACCCGACUCACCCCACCACCCAACGGUAAGGAGGUCACCCCUCGCAGCACUGUUAGAAAAGGAAGCAGCACUAAUGGACGUAACGGAGCCGCCAACUCAAAGCCGGGGCAGACCUCUGCCACCCUCACCACUACAGUGUCCACCACAACUACAGCUACUGUGAAGACCACCGCCAAGGUGCAGCCAACCACCUCCCUCCCUGCAGCCCCGGUCAAGCCCACGUCACGCUGGAAUCAUGGGCGCCCAGGCAAGGGCCCAGCAACACGCCCACACCACCGCUUCAGAACACCAGUGGCCCCAACACUUCCCAGUCUACGUUCAGAGGUCUUCAAGCCAUGUGUGGAAGACAAGGACCUGGCUUUUUGUCUAAACGAGGGAGAGUGCUCCAUUAUUGAGACUGUGGCUGGGGUUCACAGACACUGCAGGUGUAAGGAGGGCUACCAUGGACUACGUUGUGACCAGUUUGUACCCAAGACAGAUGCUAUCUUGUCAGACCCAACGGAUGAACUUGGGAUUGAGUUCAUGGAGAGCGGUGACACCUACCAGAGGCAGGUGCUGUCCAUCUUCAGCAUUGCCUCAGGGAUCUGUCUUCUCGGAGUGGCAUGUAUGGCUCUCUACCGCCGCAACAAAAGACACAGGGAAAAACUCCAGGCUCAUUUCUCUGAUAGCCGCAGCCUGAGGGACUGCAGUGUCAACGCCUCUGGCCUCAUGUCCAAAUCUACUCCUAGGCUCCAAUACAGCCUUCAACUCCAAAAGAGCUGCAGUUCUCACGGAUCGUCUGUUAAGGGCAGCAGCGUGGCACCAGGCACAUCAACAGUAACCCCACCUAUUCUCAGCAGAGCGCUGUCUAAAGGGAAACGCUUCAGGAGUAGUUCCCUUUCACUAAGUCCGGCCCGACAACGGAGGGAGACUAAUUACUUCAGGACCCCGCCCGUUUCCAGAGGGAAACACAAAAUAUCGACAAAUCCCAUUAAUGGAUCCAGAGUGGCCGGCCACAUCUACAAACAUUUGCAUGAGGAUGAGUCAACAGACAUGGAGUCCAUAACAAGGUGUGAUUCUGCCAGUGGAAAGGUCGGCGCCCUCCUCAGCAGGACUUCACUCUCUCACUUUGCAGCCAGGAAGGGAUGGACCGAAGUCCCUUGCACCCGUCUGGAUAAGGGAACGACCUACCUUCCACCUUCCCUGCGCACCCGAUCUGUCCCCAUCAUCCCCUCACUCCAAGCGUGUGACCUCGAGGCGGGGAAUGUGGACAUGAGUGAGCAGAACCAAGGGGGGCUCCUUAAGUGGCACCCCGCGCUGGCUGGAAAGACAACCGUGCCCAUGAGCAAUUCUCCCUCCCCGCCCUGUGAGACUGCCAUGCUGGCGCCUGGUGUUAUGCCCAGCAGUGUUAGCCCUCCUGCCACCAUCACCGUUUCACUGGGGUCGGAGAAGAAUCUCAGCUCCGCACAAACAACCUGCUCCAUUGAAAUUACAGUGGAACUCGCGCAGGAAUUAAAACAGAAAAGCCUUUCCAGCCCCAUUAAAAUGUCUGGGUCCCACAGCGAGAUCCACCGCGGUGGCACAAACACUCUCGAGGCUGGGGCUGUGCAGGAGUCAGAAGGGAAAAGUGUCCAAUAUUCAGCCGGAGUUCUGCACACAGGCGGUGGGAGCAGAGGUUUGAAGGCAGCAGCCCAAAGAGAAGCCCAGGGACAGUGCCAAGGUCAGACGUCCCUGGUGUGCGGAGGCCCAACCUACUCCUUGGCCACCAAAGGAUCCAGCUGCAGAGGAACUGGAAACGCUUAUGCCAAGCCCUUUGCAAGCUGAUUGGAUUAACUCUGUAAAGCUUCAAAGACACUGUUUCCAAUAACUGUAUACCUUUGCUGGUGGCACAGGAUGGUUAGCAGGUGGGACCAUCUGUGUGGCCGCACGGACCAAUAACAGAUGGCCGUCGAUUUUGAAGGAACAUGAACAGAUUGAACUGCAGACAAAAAAAAAAAUAUUGACACAGCAAAAGACAUCAGAUUAUAAAGAAACAGAGACAAACAAACACACAUUGUGAAUAAAUGUGACUC